AUCUCCUCUCACUGGCGAGGAAUGGGCACCGCUGCACAUCUGAGCUCAUAACAGCACUUUCUCUGGGAGAAUUCACACAGCAACAGACUCUAUUUACAAAUACACCGCGGCACAUUUACAACCCAGAAUUUCAGAGAAAGAAUUCCGGAAGAUACUUUAUACAAAGCAUGACCACAUAAAUAAAACAAGAGGACCAGUUAAUUCGGAUUUUUUUUUGCUAAAAAAGAACUAUAAUAAAACUAAAUUCAUCUUAGGUAAAUGACAAAAUUUCAUCGUCGGGGUAAUUUUUUAAUCAAUUUUCUCAACCAUACUGCUGAACAUAGGCUACAUUUCGUGACUUUGACAGUACGGUGGCUCUCCGGCGAAGAUUGCGAUCAAUCUAGGAAACAUUCGAAGUUUGAAAGUAGCUUUAAGGAUAAACUGGAUAACUAGUAUAAUAUAAUUGGCAAAACUCAUAAUAAUUUUUGCUCAAAAAUAAUCGUGAAGCUCUUAUGAAAGGUUAAGAUGUAGUUUAUUAUCCACGUUUAAAACAGCGUUAAGACUUAAGUGAUAAAAGAUGCGCGUGCAACUUUCAAGCCCACAUUUUAGCAGGUAGUUUAAAGUAGACAUUAAACUGCCGCUCGACGACUAAAUAGAUAAAACGAUAUCCUAGGCUCAUAAUAAUGUCUACAUUUCGCCUUUUGAAAACUUUAGCGAAAAGUUUCCCAAGUUAUUCAUAAUUAGUUGUAGCGGUGUUCUGUCCUUAUCCCUUUAUUAGCAUCGGGAGUUUCAACGGGCGCUCAAUAUUUAGCAAUAACAUUGCAGUACUUGCACACAUAAUUUAAUUAAUUAUCACAUAAUCACACACUGUAAUCAUUUGCAGGCACAGAUAAAUCUUUAAGAGUUACUUUUAAAACGUAUUAAAUUACUUGAUAUUUAAAACCGUUACUGGGACGUUUUUGUUUUCUGAGUGGACUGCAAUAGUAGGUCGGGGAAACUAGAAGCUCUUAAUAAUUGCAAAUUCUCUCUUAAACACCCAACUGUAUCCAAAUUUCUAAGGGACUGAUAGAGGUGUCAUUGCUAACCACUUGAAAGCUCCAGCAGUCAUUUGCGUGUAGCGAAAUCAAGACGUAGAAUGGCCGAAGAGCUGGUAACCAUCACUAAUGGGAUUGUGCUGUGACUUGUUCGGCUGGAGGGAAGGCUGUUAUUCUCGUAAAUAUCAACACAGAGUCACUUCGUGUUCAGUCUCUUUGAGCGGGGAUGAUCAGGAUCUUCCCGGAUUUCAGCGUUCAGGUGACGGCUGCGGCUGGUGGAGGAGCCGGGGGAAUGCCGGCGGGUCCCUCCGUGGGGAGAAUCCCCGGGGCUACAAACGGUAACCCGCAAAAUGUCCAGGGCAUCACUUCAUACCAACAAAGCGACCCCUACUGGGAGAGGCCAGCUAAUGCCAGCUCCUGUUCAGCCUCUAGGCCCAAGACACUCCACCUUGGAGGGCAACAACAUACCUCAUCUCCAUGGUUGCAGGCUCUGAGGAAGGAGAAGUCCCGUGAUGCUGCUCGCUCAAGACGUGGAAAGGAGAACUUUGAGUUCUAUGAGUUGGCCAAGAUGCUUCCACUCCCUGGUGCCAUUACUAGCCAGCUGGACAAGGCCUCCAUCAUCCGCCUCACCAUCAGCUACCUGAAGAUGAGGGACUUUGCCAGCCAGGGUGACCCACCGUGGAACUUGCGAAUAGAAGGCCCUCCACCCAACACCUCGGUAAAAGCUAUAGGAGCUCAGCGCAGGAGGAGUCCCAGCGCCGUGGCGUCUGAGAUCUUCGAGCCGCACCUGGGCAGCCACAUCCUGCAGUCUCUGGAUGGAUUUGUAUUUGCACUAAACAAGGAGGGGAGGUUUCUCUACAUCUCAGAAACCGUAUCCAUAUACCUGGGUCUUUCGCAGGUGGAGCUGACAGGCAGCAGCGUGUUCGACUAUGUGCACCCUGGAGAUCACGUGGAGAUGGCGGAGCAGCUGGGCAUGAAGCUGCCCCCAGGCAGGGGCCUCCUGUCGCAGGGCACCGCCGAGGAUGGCGCCAGCUCGGCCUCCUCGUCCUCCCAGUCGGAGACCCCUGAGCCAGUGGAGUCGAGCAGCCCCAGCCUCCUGGCCCCCGAAAACUCCCUGGAACGCUCCUUCUUCAUCCGCAUGAAGUCCACGCUCACCAAGAGGGGUGUCCACAUCAAGUCCUCCGGCUACAAGGUUAUCCAUAUAACAGGCCGGCUUCGGAUCCGUAUGGCGCUGACCCACAAUCGAUCGGUACCCAACCAGAUCAUGGGCAUGGUAGUGGUGGCCCAUGCCCUCCCCCCUCCCACAAUCAACGAGGUCCGCAUCGACUGCCAGAUGUUCGUGACCCGAGUCAAUAUGGACCUAAACAUUGUCUACUGUGAGAAUAGAAUUAGUGACUACAUGGACCUGACCCCGGUCGACAUUGUAGGAAAGCGAUGCUACCAGUUCAUCCACGCGGAAGAUGUGGAAGGCAUUCGGCACAGCCAUUUGGACCUGAUGAACAAGGGACAGUGUGUUACCAAGUAUUACCGCUGGAUACAGAAGAAUGGCGGCUAUAUCUGGAUCCAGUCUAGCGCCACUAUCGCUAUCAAUGCCAAGAAUGCCAAUGAAAAGAACAUCAUCUGGGUAAACUAUGUUCUCAGCAAUCCAGAGUACAAGGACACGCCCAUAGACAUUGCACAGCUCCCCAAUCUGCCGGAGAAGGCCUCCGAGUCAUCCGAGACCUCCGACUCGGAAUCAGACUCUAAGGAAAACUCUGAAGACAACGAGAACUCCAAGUCUGACGGGAAGGGGAACCAGUCGGAGAACAGCGAGGACCCAGAGUCUGACAGCAAGAAGCAGCCAGGCCGGCCCUCGGAGCAGGAGAUGCGGCGGCAGGAGGAGGGAGACAGCUCAAGCAACCCCGAGAGUCAGGACAGCGAGGACAGCAUGGAGCCAUCCGAUGGCGAGGGGGAGAGCAAGGAGGGCCGGUUGGGGCGGCUCGGCAACCUGCACAUCAAGGUGGAGCGCUACUGCGACGGGGAGGCCGUCGAGCUGCCUCACUCGCUCUCCUCUGAUUCCGACGAGUACGACAGCACCAGGGACUCGGACAGCGCCGGCGACCUCCACACCUCCGCCUCCUCAAAGCAUCAGAAGCGGAAGAAGCGGAGGAAAAAGCAGAAGGGAGACAGCAGUCAGCGGCGACGCCUGACCUCCGCCACCCCCAGCCCAGGGGUCCUGGAUUCGGCCCUAGGGGAGCAGCAUGGCCUGCUGCCCCCACCAUCCCCUGGCAGUGCCUCAGUGCUCAAGAUCAAGACCGAGAUGUCAGAGCCCAUCAACUUCGACAACGACAGCAGCAUCUGGAACUACCCUCCCAACAGAGAGAUAUCAAGGAACGAGUCCCCCUACAGCAUGACCAAGCCUCCCGCGACAACCGACCACUUCCCGUCCCCGCAGGGAGGCGGUCUGCAGGUUUCCAUCCCCGACUCUGUCCUCACACCCCCUGGCACAGAAGGCACGAAUGCUCGAAAACCUGCAUACAGUGGCACUGCCCCUUCCUCAGCCUCGAGCGUGGCCAGCCUAGCCCCACCAUCCAGCACCUCUUCCUCUGACCCCCUGUCUCCGCCUCUCUCCGCCUCCCCGCGGGACAAGCAGCAGGGGACUCCAAGUACUUCCAGUUCCUUGCUGUACACCAGCGACCUCGAGGCCCUCCAGCGGCUUCAGGCCGGCAACGUGGUGCUUCCACUGGUCCACCGGGUGACAGGCACCCUAGCUGCCACCAGCACGGCUGCUCAGCGGGUCUACACCACUGGCACCAUCCGCUAUGCCCCCGCUGACGUCACCCUUGCCAUGCAGGGAAACCUGCUGCCCAACGCCCAUACGAUGAACUUUGUGGAUGUCAACAGCCCCAGCUUCGGCAUCGACCCCAAGACACCCAUGGAGAUGCUGUACCACCACGUCCACCGGCUCAACAUGUCCGGCCCUUUCGGGGGAGGGGUCAGUGGGGCGAGCCUCACUCAGAUGCCGGCGACAAACGUCUUCACCACAGCCGAGGGACUAUUCUCCACUCUCCCGUUCCCCGUGUACAGCAACGGGAUCCACACCACACAAACUCUUGAGCGUAAAGAAGAUUAAAGCAAAACAACAAGACCAUAUUACUGUGUUCAACUGUCAAAGACAAUUUGAGGCAUAAGACUGUGUUUCAAAUGGGUAAAAAAAAAAAUAAUUCUAGCACUUUGAAUUUGAGCAAGUGAGCUCAUAGUAUUAAAAUGAAUGGUCCCCGUGACGUUCUUCUCUCUCGCUCUCUCUCUCGCUCUCUCUCUCUCUGUCUCUCUCUCUCUCUGCUUCUUUGCCUCUGUCCUUCUCUCUGUAUACCGUUCACGAUCUCUCUCUGUACAGACUAAAACGGAUUAUUCUUUAUUGCAAAGAGUGGCUUUUUCACAUACAGAGAGCUUCUGAGUACUUGACGCCUGUUCUGUGGUCUCCUGAGAUGUACUUUUUAUUUGAGUUGAUUUUGUUGCAUCUUUAUGAAGAUGCCUUCAAUUUGUAUAUUUAAAGGUAAUGGAGAGCAAAACAGUUUUAGCCCAAAACUGAAACGGUUUUAGUCCACAUUUUGAUGGCGACCGAGGCUGAAGAAGGGAGGUUACCCUGUUUGAUAUAGUUCAGAGGAUUUUUAUUGUCAUUUCUAAUCGGGGGAAUAGUAUUUUAGAAUUAAUGUGUUUCUCUUUUUUUAUAGCUCAGACAUAACUGACUUGCAAAUCACACAUUUAAAGCAAUUUCAGCCGGGUAUUGACCUGUGAAUAGAAUGUUACUAUAAUAUCCCAGGAAUUCAAAACUGAUCAGUCCAGGAUAUUCCCAGUUCCAUUUACUCUUACAGAUCCAUGGUGCUAUCAUCUGAUAACCCUCAUUUAGCUGGCUGAAGCAGGUAGUGGUACAUAGCUCAUGGUGAAUGCCAGGUGGGGAGAUUUUCUGUAGAAAACUCUUACCUCUAGCUGAGCAGGUAUACCUUCAUAUUUGCCUCUCUUAUCAAGGGAAUGUACUUGCAUGCUCAAUUUGAUUGAGCUUAAGAAUGGAUUUUUGUGUGGGUUGAUUUUGUUUUUACUCUUUAGUCUAAUCUUCUUUUCUCAGUAAAACUGAGGCUAAUUUACGUCAUUAACUUGAAACGUUUGUGUUCACAAAUGUGUAUUUUUAACAGUAUUUCAUUUGAGUGAAUUCAGAUUCUUUUGUCCCUAUGUACAUUGAAUGUCAUCAGCAUCACUCAGCAUCCCAUAAAGUCUCUGAAAUCUCAGAUAAGUCAGCAAGAUUGUAAUAAAUACAUGCAUAACAAUCACAGAUAUGUAAUACUGCAUUUAAGAAUAUCACAUUCCUAAUUUUAUCUCUUUGUUGCCAAAAAGUUAAUGUCACAGUUUGGUGUUAAAAAAAAACACUGUGAUUCUCAUUUUAAGAAGAAAAAAAUAUCAUAAAAUAAAAAAAAAAAUCUAUCACAUCAUCUUUUGGCAGCCGCCCAUCAAGGCAUCUAUUACCAAGCGUGAGACCCGUAAAUGUGUACAAUGUGUAAGUGUCAUUGGCUGUCAGUCUCCAUGGCGAUUUCAAUGUGUUAACGUUAUUAUAUGCAGUAUAUACCAAGCUGAUGUAGCUGUUUCGUCCUUUGUCUUCUCUGUGCUUUUUCUCUAGUCUGGGGCCAGGGGGGUCGUAUCUGCCCCUCUCCCUCCUCUCUGCAGUCCUAGUGAAUCAGUGAUUCUUGGAGGUUAGUGGAUUUUGUGUGGUGGCCUUCUUAUGUAGUGUCACCUUAUGCUGCUUCCUUUUGUCUGUAUUUCUUUCUGUUUCCGCUAUUGCUUUGCUGUUGUGUAGUCUACAGACCUCUCUUUCUCUCAGAGAUAAAAAGACUCUUAACUAGCUCAAAGGUUUAUGGAGCCAUUUGCCACUGAGGAAUUCUGGGACUUUAGUUUCCAGCUUGCUUACAUUUACAGAAUAAAAUGAUACAAAUUUAAAGUAGCACUUAGAACAUGUAACAGACUGGAACCAUAAAAGCCUCAGUUGUGAAACAUUCCCAGAGUCCCUUGUGCUUAUCUUGUAUGCAUUGGGUGUAUUUCAUUGGUUUCCACCAAACCUGUUGACUUCAAGGACCCUGUAACACACAGGAAAAAAAAAAUCAUAAUAGUAUUUCAGGACAAUAAACAAUUUUAAAGAUUUCUUAAAGAAAUGAAAAGACAAAAUGUUUCGCACUAUAAAUCUAUUUUUAUAGGUGUUUUGGAAAUGCAUGUUUACUAAGUUGAUUGUUUAGUUUACUUGAUUUUGUUCGGUCCAGCAGCUUUGUCAACAUUCAGUGUUUUUUAGUCUGUCCAGCAAAGGGUGGGGGAGCCUUUGUCUUUUUAACUGAAUCAGGCUACUCCCCUACAUCAGGAAACAAGUGUCUGUGGUUUCUGUGAUGGUGUGUUGUUACUUAAACCCAGGUCAUAAGAAAUAGGUGUAAAAAAAUAAUAAUAACAAAAAAGGAAAAUGUGGUGGAAUUUAGGUUGGCAGGUGGAAUGUUUUGGGGGGACUUGGUGUCGCCACUUGAGAUUUCUGGGAUAGUAGAUGUUAGUGUUUUCUACUUACUGGGGCAUGAGGUUUGGGGAGAGGGGCAGCUCUAAAACAGACACCGUGGACCAGGAAAUACACCCAUGUGUUACAAAGGAACAGCAGGAUGAGCUGUUUUAAUGUUUCUGUGUUGUGUCAAAAUGAUUGCUGGUGAUUUAAACUAAAACUAAUCUCAGCUGCUGUCAGAUACAUAGUGUUUAAAAAUUACAAUAUGAAAAAAACACUUCAUUACCUGUGAAGACUGUGUCUGUGUUUUUAACUAUUUCUUGUACAAUUAUACAGAUUCUUUUAUGAGGAAUUUGGUGCCAAGUAGAUGAAUAAGGGGUAAAGGGAAUUCUCUUAGUAUCAAUGUUAACAGUGUUAUAAAUUCUAAAUACAAACAAAUUAAAAUAUUAAAAAGAGAAAACUAUGGUACAUUUUUAUUUUUGUUUGAUUUUGAAAAACAUAACUAACUGAAGCUAACUUUGAGUGCCUGGCUUAUUUUUUUUAAAAAACAUCUUUUUUUCAUUGACCAUGAAUAAUGCUGCAAUUCAGAAAUGUACAUACUUCAUUUUACAACAGGGUUAUUUUAUACUUUUGUAGAUUCUCAUCAGCUCAGAGAAACAUGUCAUACAUGGUUGUCUUUCUGUAACACGGUUUUUUACCAUCCUACAGGUGCCAUGUUCAUAAUAAACUUCUCUUAGAUUUGUUACUA